UCAGAAUGACGUGAGCAAACUACCAACUCCAGGAAGCUGGAAGUUUCUUGGUUUUUUGGUGCGACCGACGUUUGUAACUCGUUUAAGUGACGAGUUUAAGAAAAGGAACCGGGUGACGAGAGGAAACGUUGUUUUGUUUUGUUUUAUUAUUUUAAAAGAGGCUGUCUUUGAAGGUAACGCGAACUUUUACGUUAACUGUAAAGUAGCAGGACGUGAAGUCGCCACCGUCACUGACUGAAGAUGUUAACCUCGACUCAUCUGGCUAACUGCUGCCCCGAAGUCCAAGAUGACCAAACGCGUAAAGUGGACAAAUUCCUGCACCAUUUUCAGCUGUCUGAUCAGACUUUGAUGGAUGUGUCACUAAAAUUUCGACGAGAGAUGGACAAAGGCCUGUGCAGAGACACCAACCCCACAGCUGCUGUCAAGAUGCUGCCCACAUUUGUGCGCUCCACUCCUGAUGGAACAGAGCAAGGUGAAUUUCUGGCUCUUGACCUUGGUGGAUCCAACUUCAGAGUGCUCCUGGUCAAAGUAAUGGCAGGCGGCGAGCGAAAGGUGGAGAUGGAAAAUCAGAUUUAUUCUAUUCCUGAGCGCAUCAUGAGAGGCAGCGGGUCUGAGUUGUUUGACCACAUAGUUGAUUGUCUGGCUGAUUUCAUGGAGAAGUUAGGCAUUAAGGAUAAGAAGCUUCCUCUGGGUUUCACCUUCUCUUUUCCCUGCCAACAGACCAAGUUGGAUGAGAGUGUUUUGUUGUCUUGGACCAAAGGCUUCAGGGCAAGUGGAGUAGAGGGAAAGGAUGUAGUCAGCCUUCUGAGAAAAUCAAUCAGAAAACGAGGGGACUUUGAUAUUGACAUUGUGUCUAUGAUCAAUGAUACGGUGGGAACCAUGAUGACCUGUGGCUACGAUGAUCAGCACUGUGAAAUUGGCCUCAUCGUGGGAACGGGCACCAAUGCCUGUUAUAUGGAGCAGAUGAGAAACCUUGAGUUGCUAGACGGUGACGAGGGGAGAAUGUGCGUCAACACAGAGUGGGGCGCUUUUGGAGAUGACGGUGCCCUGGAGCACCUUCGCACUGACAUUGACCGGGAAAUUGAUGCAGGCUCUCUAAACCCUGGCAAGCAGCUGUUUGAGAAGUUGAUCAGCGGCAUGUACAUGGGAGAACUUGUGCGUCUCAUCCUUGUGAGAAUGACCAGAGAGCAGCUGCUGUUCCAGGGCAAAGCUACACCAGAGCUCCUCACCACAGGAAGCUUCAACACGAGCUACAUCUAUACCAUUGAUAACGACAAAGAAGAGGAAGGUCUGGUGAGUGCGGAUAAGGUGCUCCGGCACCUGAAUCUGGACCCAUCUCUUGAGGACUGUAUAGCCACUCAGAGGGUGUGUCAGAUAGUAUCUACACGGGCUGCACACUUGUGUGCCGCCACUCUAGUGGCAGUGCUUCGGCAGAUCCGGGAUAACAAGGCAGCUGAAAAGCUGCGUACCACCAUCGGAGUGGAUGGCUCUGUUUACAAGAAUCACCAAGAGUUUUCCAGGAGGCUCCACAAGAUGGUCAGGCGACUUGUGCCAGACUGUGAUGUGCGUUUUUUACAGUCACAGUGUGGCAGUGGAAAAGGUGCAGCCAUGGUAACAGCAGUAGCCUACCGUGUUGCCGCUCAACAUGCUGAGCGUCAGCAGAUCCUCAACACCCUGCGUCUGAGCCGUGAACAGCUGCUGGACGUUAAGGAGCGAAUGAGUGAGGAGAUGGUGCGAGGCUUGUCAAAGCAAACCCAUGAGCAGUCGAGUGUUAAGAUGCUUCCCACCUAUGUCAGAUCCACACCAGAUGGAACAGAGCACGGCGACUUCUUGGCUUUGGACCUCGGAGGCUCCAGCUUUCGGGUGCUGUUGGUACAAGUGCAAAGCGGAAAGAGACGUAAUGUUGACAUGCACCACAAGAUCUAUAGUAUCCCACAAGAGACCAUGCAAGGCACAGGAGAAGAGCUUUUUGACCACAUCGUGUACUGCAUCGCUGACUUUCUGGAAUACAUGGGCAUGAAAGGAACAUCUUUACCUCUAGGAUUUACUUUCUCCUUUCCCUGUCAUCAAAGCAAAUUGGAUGAGGGAAUUCUUCUGAGGUGGACAAAGGGUUUCAAAGCCAGCGGCUGUGUGGGACAAGAUGUAAUUACGUUACUUAAAGAUGCUGUCCGCCGCAGACAGGACUUUGACUUGAACUUUGUAGCGGUGGUCAAUGACACAGUGGGAACCAUGAUGACCUGCGGCUAUGAGGAUCCCAAAUGUGAGGUGGGACUCAUCGUAGGCACAGGAACCAAUGCCUGCUACAUGGAGGAAAUGCAGAACAUCGAAUUGGUGGAGGGUGAUGGAGGUCGUAUGUGUGUCAACAUGGAGUGGGGAGCAUUUGGUGACAAUGGCGAACUUGAUGACUUCUGCACCGAGUUUGAUCACACUGUUGAUGAUUGCUCUAACAACCCUGGCAAACAGAGGUAUGAGAAGAUGAUCAGUGGCAUGUACCUGGGGGAGGUGGUGAGGAAUGUGCUGUUAGAUUUCACUGCUAAGGGCCUGCUGUUCAGAGGCAAACUGUCCGAACGACUCAAGACCCGAGGCAUCUUUGAGACAAAGUUCCUGUCACAGAUUGAAAGUGACCGUCUGGCUAUGCGACAGGUCCGCUCAAUCCUGCAGCACCUGGGCCUUACCAACUCCACAUGUGAUGACAGCGUACUGGUAAAGGAGGUCUGUAGUGUGGUCGCCCGUCGUGCAGCUCAGCUCUGUGGUGCCGGUUUAGCUGCUGUGGUCGACAGGAUACGACAGAACCGCAACCUUAAUCAUAUAUCCAUCACCGUGGGAGUGGAUGGCACCCUUUAUAAGACGCACCCUCAUUUCUCCAGCGUCAUGCAAGAGACAUUGCAGGAUUUGGCACCGCAGUGUCAGGUGACUUUCCAAAAGUCAGAGGAUGGAAGCGGAAAGGGUGCAGCACUGAUCACAGCUGUGGCCUGCAGGAUCAAGAGCGAAGGGUAGCACUGAAUCAUCCAAACAGCGGUGGACAGGUAGAACCAAAACCACUACGAGUGGUAUCCUGGACCAGUUCACCAAAGUAAAGUCACAUGCACCGUGACCUGAGUGUAGAGCUUUAGUACAGAAGUGUUUCAGUUCUAUUUUGUGUUUGGUGUGUCUGUCUGUCGGAGGAGGAGAAGGAGGAGGAGGAUGGUGGUAGAUUACGAUUUGCACCUUUUUGUGAAAUAAGACUGUUACAAUCUCCAGCUUUCCACCCAGCUCACUAUUCAUGUUUUUGUGAAGACACCUGUGAUCCGUUUUGAAUUUUAUUGGUAUAGCACUGUAUAAGAUCAGACUUCAAAGUUUAAAGUGCCUCACAAUCCAAGACAAACCAAAAGAAAGACAUAAAACAAACACUACCACCAGAAAGAAUACCUUUAGCCUAAAAAUUUACAGCUCACAUCCAUUUUAAUGUUCAAACGCAAUGUUUGAAUUGAAAUACUUUUAUACAACUUAACUUUUAGUUUUACCUUCACUUAAAAUGUUUGUCUUCGUUUUAGUAUAAAACAUUAAAAAAUAAAUACAUUUGUUAUACUCCUCAUCUCUUCAUCAUAAGUGA